AUGCAAUUUGAAGGUUUCAAGAAUCAAAGACAAAGUGUGGAGUAUUCAUUUUCAUUGGGGAAACAUGAGCUUGAAGUUGCUUAUCGCAAACGCUUGACUUCCAUUUUAAAAGUAAUUCGAUUUUUGUUGUUACAAGGAUUGCCUUUUCGGGGGCAUGAUGAGUCUUCGACAUCAUCCAAUAGAGGAAAUUUUUUAGAAUUGCUCAAAUGGUAUAGCUCAAAGUGUCCAGAAGUUGCGGCAGUUGUUGGAAUGAAUGCACAUGGAAAUAAUCAAAUGAUUGCCCCAAAAAUUCAGAAGCAAUUGGUGAAUGCUUGUGCAGUUGAGACCACAAAUGCUAUUCUAGCUGAUCUUGGAGAUAAGUGGUUCACUUUACUACUUGAUGAGGCUCGUGACUGUUCAGUGAAAGAGCAAAUGGCAGUUGUUAUUAGAUAUGUGAACAAAUAUGGAGAGGUGAUUGAACGAUUUAUGGUUGUAGUUCAUGUUGCAACAACUACAGCUGCUUGUUUGAAGGAGGCAAUCGACUCUUUAUUUGCUAAGUAUGGUUUGUCAGUGGCGAGAUUGAGGGGUCAAGGAUAUGAUGGUACUUCAAAUAUGUCUGGAGAAUUUAAUGGAUUAAAGUCACUGAUAAUGAAAGAAAAUCCGUAUGCAUUGUAUGUUCAUUGUUUUGCUCAUCAACUCCAGCUAGUGGUUGUAGCUGUUGCUCAAGCAAAUCAAUAUGUUAUCGAUAUUAUUCUACAGGAGAUGGAUAGCCAUUUCUCUGAAACAACUACAAAUUUGUUGAUUAAUAUGUCAUGCCUUGAUCCUAGGAACUCGUUCUCUAGAUUUGAUGCACAGAAGUUAGUGCGUCUGGCUCAUUUUUAUGAGGAUGAUUUUUCUUGGAAUGAGCAUAUGUUGGUUGAACAAGAGCUUGAAACAUAUAUUGAUGACGUCAGAUCAGAUGAACGGUUUGAAGGCAUUUCAGAUUUAGGAGCUCUUGCAAAGAAAAUGAUUGAAACAAUGAAGAACUGUGUGUUUCCUUUGGUUUAUCGGAUGAUUGAGCUAGCCUUACUUCUUCCAGUUGCUACUGCAACCGUUGAAAGAGUGUUUUCGGCAAUGAAUAUUGUCAAAACAGAUUUGCGAAACAAGAUUGGAGAUGAAUGGAUGAAUGAUAGUUUAGUAGUCUAUAUCGAGAAAGAUGUUCUUAAUACUGUCGACAAUGAGCUAAUUUUACAGCGUUUUCAGAACAUGGAGUCUCGAAUAAUGCAAUUGUCACGUAUUCGUUAG